AUGAGUACGUGGCGGCAUGUUAAAGCUAUGUUCUACUAUUCGAAAAAACAUCCAUUAUGCUGCUUUUAUAUUACCAGUCAUGAUAAGGAUGUCAGACAUUUUCGUUUCGAAAACAGCAGUCAACCUAGCAGACUGCUGGAGCAGCCUGAGAAGGAGCAGCAGGAGAAGGAUCAGUCUGAGGAGGAGCUGCAGGAGGAGGAGCAGCCUGAGGAGGAGCUGCCUGAGAAGGAGCCGCAAGAGGAGGAGCAGGAGGAGGAGCAGGAGGAGGAGCUGCCUGAGGAGGAGCAGCAGGAGGAGGAGCAACCUGAGGAAAAGCAGCCUGAGAAGGAGCUGCAGAAGGAGGAGCAGGCUGAGGAGGAGCAGCAGGAGGAGGAGCAGCCGGAGGAAGAGCAACCUGAGGAGGAGCAGGCUGAGGAGGUUCAGCCUGAUGAGGAGCUGCUUGAGGAGGAGGAGCUGCAAGAGGAGGAGGAGCAGGCUGAGGAGGAGCAGCUUGAGGAGGAGUUGCAGGAUGAGGAGCAGGCUGAGGAGGAACAGUCUGAGGAGGAGCAGCGACCUGAGAAGGAGCAGCUUGAAGAGGGUCAGGCUGAGGAGGAACAGCCUGAGGAGGAGCAGGCUGAGGAGGAGCAGCAGGAGGAGGAGCAGCAAGGGAAGGAGCAGCAAGGGGAGGAGCAGCAGGGUGAGGAGCAGCAGGGAGAGGAGGAGCAGGAGGACGAAACAGGAGACCUGCCCUUUUGCCACGUACCGCCCGCGGCCCUUCCAUUCCAUAAUUCCAAAUAUUAA